CGUUCAGCUCCAGUGCAGCAGACACAGCCUGGGCGUUGGGGACGAGCCUCAGCACCAGCACCUGCCUGAAGCAGGACUGCCCUUUGCCCACUUCCUUAUCGCUUCCGCCCCAUUCCUUGUGGGCUGGUGAUGAGGCAGAGCUGUGGCUCAGAGCAGCUGCCUCAGGACUGGGCUGUGGCAAUCCCUUGGCUGGCUCCACGUCAGGCCUCCUGUUGAAACGCUGCUCCCAGGUCUGUCAGGUCUUGUUCUGCUGCAGAGAAACAGCUUUUCCUUUCCUUCUCUGCUCCCAGGAAUGAAGAUUUUUUUGAAGCAAAGGAGGAAGGAAGGUUGGUGCACGGGACUGCCAAAGGGAGAAAUGGCUUCUUGUUUUGCAGCGACUGCUCUGUGGUGUUGUUGAUGGCUUCCCACUUUUUUCCUGCUUUAAAUUUUGUGAAGUGCUUUUCAUGCAUGGAGAAAAUGCUGUCCAACAAGGUGGAGAAACGGAUUGCCUCAUCCAUCUUCAUCACCCUCACUCCACCCAGGAGGGACCACAUGGUGAGAAGUGAAGCAAAGUCACAGAGGACUCAACUUCCACCCAGCAACAGCCUCUCCAAGGAGGCAUUGAAGUCUGCUGCUCCCUCCCUGAUCCAAACAUCUUCUGGUGCUGUUAAAGGGAGCAGAGGCUGCUAUGGAGGGACAGUGGGCGUUUCCAAUGGAGGUUGUUCUGUCUUGCCAACUUCUCCCAUCCUGUCCUGUAAUGCAGUGGACCCUAGCCUGGAUAGCAUCUUUCCUCCACCACCAUGUUCUAAACCUUUCUCAGUGGAGACACUUGGUCCUGAUCUCCAGACACAAACAUCAGUUUCCCCCACAUCCUUGCAGACAACUUCAACCUUUGCAGCAGAACUGAGGCAACCUAAAAUUCUGACUUCAACCCUUGGUUGGGCUGGUGAGCAUCAGACAGAGAGGAAGGUGGAGAAUACUGUUGCAAAAGAUAUCUGUGCUUUUUGUCACAAAAACAUCUCUCCUGGGACUCCCACGCUUGAGGCGAUGAACAAACAGUACCACGCUGACUGUUUCACAUGCCGAACAUGUCACAGUGCCCUGGUGGGGCAGCGCUACUACCAGAAAGAGGGGCGGCCCCUGUGUGUCGCCUGCUACCAGAACACCCUGGAGAAGUGUAGAAAGUGCCAGGCCUUAAUCGUGAACCAAAUUGUGCGGGCCAUGGGCCACGGAUUCCACCCGGAGUGCUUCACCUGUGUCGUAUGCCACCGGGCCAUUGGUGACGAGGUCUUUGCUGUUGGCGACGACGAUGCUGUGCAUUGCCUGGAUGACUUCUACAGGAAGUAUGCUUCUGUGUGCAGUGCCUGUGAGAGGCCCAUUAUCCCCAGUGACGGAAGGGACUCAUACAAGAUAGAGUGCAUGGGCCAAAACUUCCAUGAGGACUGCUACCGCUGUGAAAGAUGUUGGGUCUUGCUGUCCCCAGAACCCACAGAAGAGGGCUGCUACCCUCUGGGAAGCCACCUCCUCUGCAAGUCCUGCCACAUCAGACACACUGAAGAAUCAUCUUGCUGAUCAAAUGAAUCCCAAGCAUAUUUCCAGAUGCUGCAGCACAGAGCACAGGAACCGGGCAGUGGUGUGCUUCAGCAUUUGGAUGUCCCCAUUUGUGCCUCUCCUGUUAACUUUCAACUGAGCCUUGGGGUGGGGGGGAACCUUUCAGUGUUAGGGAUUAGUCCUGGGGUUGUGUGUAAUGCAAAGGUUGGCAACAAGGCUGGCUAAAAGUCUAGGGUGGAGUUACAGGAAUCUCCCCCUACCGUAUUGUUCUUCCUUCCAGUGGCCUUGGCUGUAACAGCCUGUAGCAGUGCAAUGCCUCUCCUGGGAGAGAGAAUGAGCCAGGAGAAGGGUUUUUUUUUUACCACUAGAGGGCACAUGUGAAAGGUGGUCAACUGUCAAUCAUCCACGGGUGGGAUUCCCCCCCUGCAGGCUGCCAGUUGCUUUCCACUGGUGUAAUAUAUGAGCAUCUUUUUCCAAAGAGGGCCAAUUGCUAGAUAUAUAAUGUGUGGAACUCUUUUUAGCCAGAACACGGUAUGGAUGUGUGUGCAGUUCAGCUGCAAGGUGGUUGAUGGAUUCCAAACUUCUUCACUUGGGAUUUGUUCCCUACCUUUUGCUUCGUCAGUCAAGCAAAGCCUCAAGGUUCAAGGAGCAAGACUAUUGGUAUAAAACCAGCAGAACCUUACAAGCACCUUUCUUUUCCUGAGUUUAUGUUUCCC